AUGGCAUCCGAAUAUCAAUCAAUCACGACCGACAUCACGGAGGAAAAAGUGGAACGGGGGAAGGUUGAGAAGAGGCCUCUGAAGUUUCCGUGGGUUGGAAUCGCAUGGCGCUUCACGGGCUCUCUGUUCUGCUUUAUUUUCAUCAUCGUCAUGCUCUGGGGGUACGAACGCAUGGGCGUCCUCAGUUCCUGGGACCGUCGAGGAUUCAACACGCUGAACAUUCUCUUCUCGGCCUUUGUGAGUUUGGCGCUGGGUUCGUUGCUGACGCUCCUGGGCCACACGCUCCGUUGGCAUCUCCUGCAAAGAGAGGCAGCAACUCCAGGGAACGUUGAUCUCAUUCUGGGAAUUGGCGAACCGACCGGCUCUCUCAGGCUUCUUUGGGGCCACACUUGGCGUGGCAAGGGGUGGACCAAAACAACGAUUAUUGUGCUGCUCUACUUCAUUGCCUCGAUUCUUGCUCGAAUCAGCGUCGCCGGUCUGGGCUUGACAUUCGAGUUGAACGAGGAGGCCGGGGUCGAUUACCCGGUCAUGAUGACGGAUUGGAGAGAUCCGGGAUGGAUAACAGAACCCGAUCCCCGAGAGACCCUGCGCAGGUUUGUGGACUUUGCUUCGGUUGGGCUGGCAACAUCCCCUUUAUCCCUGAACAAGUCGGAUCCGGCAUCAUGGACCACCGAGAAUGUCGACGGGCUGGGUGUGAAUCGAACAGUAGACGGCCGCACGCUCACUUACACCUUCUCCCUCAAUGAGUAUCGCGGUCUGGAAGUCGAAUCCAACAAAGACCAUGUCGUCCACAGCUCGUCGAGCUGCAUCGUCCGGAACUUUUAUAAUGGCACGGUUUACCAGGAUGGGAAGAGCGUGGGAGAAGUCACGGGUAAAUUUGAUUCUCUUGAGCGUCGAUCAAUUAAAGUCUCCUUGCUAACUGGUAUCAUGGUCGAAUUUAGCUACAAACAUGGAACAAAUCCCACGUGA